AUGGAAACGUACCACGGCUACGUGCGGACACCCGCCGAUGCUAUUCGACUCUUUGAAGCCUGCCGAUUAGGCAUUCUGCCCCGUGUGCAACGACGACUUUCGGAGAAGGAGAGACAAUCAAUUCGAUCUGGUUCUGUUUUUGUCUGGGAUGAGCGAGAGGCUGGCAUGAGAAGAUGGACCGAUGGCAAGUCCUGGAGCGCCAGUCGAGUUUCCGGAAGCUUCCUGACGUACCGCGAGAUGGAGGGCAAGAGAGGUGGAGGCUUCUCUACCAACCGACGAGGUGGUGGUAAAACUCCAGACUCUGGACGCGGUAGUGACGAAGAUCAAGAUGAUGGAGAGCCUGAGGGAUACCGCUAUAAGGCAGACGGUCUCAUGAAGCAGUCUUUCAGCAUCACCACCUCCAGUGGCCAACACCUUCAUCUCAUCUCCUAUUACUCUCGUCCUCAGCCUGGCCAGCCUGAGCUCCAGCAACCUACCAACGACCCUGCCUUGCGAGGCAUCGUUCCUGUCAAGGGAAUGUACCCUGAGUCUAGCAUGGGCGAGGCCAACAGCACGCCUGCCCUCACUCGCGCGCCGAUGCAGCAACCUCCUUACAUGGCCCCUCAGCCUGGCCAACAACCUUACGCUAGCUACGGACAACCUGGAUAUGGCUGGCCUCCUUCUCCUGCCGCCACUCCUCCAUACAAUCACUACGCCGCUCCUUACCCUCCCAACGUGCCUCAACAAUAUCAACCGCACGCAAGCCAUCCCGGCCUGCCUCUUCCUCACUACCCCCAGGCACCUGUUUAUGAGCAGCGUGCUCCCCUCCCUCCUCUGCCCGCCAAACCAUCUUACCCUUCAAACAGCUCUCCCCACUACUCUCACCCUGCCCUCCCCAGAGCUCACGAGUCUCCGCGCGAGCAACAUCUCCAGGCAGCUGCCCAGAGCGCCAUUGGUGAUGUUCGAUCCAGCAGUUCUCACUCUCAUCAAGUCGCACUACCAAGCCUUGGCGCUGUGACUAACGGCCCUCCUGGCUCCUCUCUUGCGGCAAUCAGCACACCUCCCAGCCGAACCAUGAGUGUCAGCCCCCCUCGAAACUCUCGUCCUGAGGGAACCGGUCUGUCUACUCUGCAUGCAGUGCUUCACCACACUCCUGCUGCUAGCGAAAGUGGCAGCGUUAAGCCCAGCAGCGCUGCCAGCAGUCCUAGAGCGUCUGGCGCAUGUGGUCUGGAGAAGGGUGGUGUCAGCGAGGAUGCGAGAGCCCUGAGAAUGUUGGAUCGCAAAUUCUGCAUCUAG